ACACGAAACUGAGUCGCGUUCAAAGUUUCUCACAACAACCUUCGUUUUCUUAUUCACUCACGCGCCCUCUCACCCUUUCAUACGUUUCUUCAUUUUCUCUCUUUCAUUCUUCUCCCUAGAAACCGUUUCACUUCAACUUCUCUAUAAACCAAUGUCCUAUUCCUAAACCCUACCCACUCUCUCACACAACAAACAAACGCAACCGUUUUUCUUCUCACCAUGCCUUUUCUUUGGAAGAAGAAAAACCGAGUCACCCGAAUUUCACAAAUCGUCGCUGAUUUUCAAUCACCGAAACGCGGUCGUUCGCUCUUCGUUGAAACCGGUUUCCCCACUUCUCUCAUCGAUCUCUUCGUUAAAAACCGUAACCGCUUCAAGAAAACCAGAUUCAAAAAACCGGUUCACUCCGAUAACACUGAUCUAUCACCGUCAUCGUCACCGUCACCGCCUCCUCCGCCGCCGUCGUCUCCGGUCACACCUCCUUCACCGAUUCAUGACUUUUCAUCCGAAGAUGUUCCGAUACUGAAUCCUAUGAUCGGAGAAAAUACCGAUGAAUCCGCCGUCGGUGAUUCUCCUCCGGUUGAAAAACCGACUUCCACGUUUCGUUCAAAGGCGAUCGUCGUGAAGACGUUGACGGUUAUUGUUUUAGCGGCGAGUGUGAAGGAGUUAACGGUUGCGAUCACGGUGUCGGCGUUCGCGCUUCUGUUUCUCGAAAACGCAUUAAAACGCGCCGUUUCGUGUUUGAAGCCUUGUUCUAAUGCUAGCGUUGUAGCAAUUGAAUCGCGAUUCUCGAAGAUUCUAUUUCGUGUUAAGGAUAAUGAGAUUCAACAACCGGUCACCGUUUUCAAUGAAGUUGAAUUGUUGAAUUUGAAUCACGAUGAAAUUGAAGCUGUGGAAGAAGAAAAGAGUGAGGAGUUAGGGAUUUGUUGCGAAUUGGAAGAAUCAAUGGUUUCUGAAUGCAAAAUUAAAGGGAAAGGUAGUCGUAGCGGUAGGUUUAAGGCAACGAUGGUGAAGAAGCUUCAGAAGUUUCGUUCUAAGAGAGAGAGAAAGGAAGAAGAAAAGGGAAUUAGUAAUUUUAAUAAUAAUAGUUAUGAAGAUGAUAAAGUUGAAGAUAAAGAAGCGAUUAUUAUUAUCAGAAAUGAAGUUAGAGAUGAUUGUGGAAUCACUUAUUCUACAGAAUCGAUUAUUGCAGGGAAGAAAAAUUCAGGUUAUGCAAUUCUGGUUAUGAUCGUACUUAUUGGGCUUAUCGUGGGACGUUUACAAGCGUUGAUUCUGACCAUUGGAUGGUGUUUCUUGGUUAAGAUGGUUAAAGUUAUUUGGAGAUCAAAGAACGUGUCUUCUCUUAUGGAAAGAUGAGUUUCAAAGUGUUCUUCAUGGAGUCAAUUGAAUGGUUUGAACUUUGAAGCAUUGAAAUUAAAACUCCAACCAUUUGUUGGAAAUAGCCAACUUGAUGAGUUGUAAUUUUUAGAUGUAACUAUGGAUACUGGAUAGAUACUAAUUAAUUACCACAGUGGAUACUGAAUAAUAAUACUUUCUUUUUAAAA